CUAAGGGACGUGCCCGGAGUGGACAAAUCAUGCUAAUUGUGUGCAAGAGGGACUGAAAACCAAACCCAAAAUGAAGAGGGGAAGGCAAGUCUUGUCCAGAGUUCUCAGUGCUCCGGGUUUCGUGCAGUUAGCUUGCCUUUUUAUAAUCUACACAGAUCUAUUAGAAGGAGUCAAUAUCACCAGCCCAGUGCUUUUAAUUCAUGGUACUGUUGGUAAGCCUGCCCUCCUCUCCGUGAAAUACACCACCGCCAGCAAUGAUAAACCUGUGAUCAAGUGGCAAGUGAAGCGGGACAAGCCUGUUACUGUGGUACAGUCUAUUGGCACGGGGAUUAUUGGAAACCUGCGCGCAGACUACAGGGAUCGGAUUAAGAUCUAUGAAAAUGGCUCCUUGCUGAUCAAUGAACUGCAGUUGUCUGAUGAGGGCACGUAUGAGGUGGAGGUCUCCAUUACGGAUGACACCUUCACAGGGGAGAUGAAUAUUAACCUUACAGUGGAUGUUCCCAUUUCAAAGCCUCAUGUUGUUCUGGCUUCCUCCACUGUACUGGAGCUAAGUGAGUAUUUCACGUUGAACUGUUCGCAUGAGAACGGCACCAAGCCCACUUACACGUGGCUGAAGGAUGGCAAGCCGCUCAGCAACGACUCCCGCCUGAUCCUCUCCCACGACCAGAAGGUGCUCACCAUCACCCGAGUCCUAAUGUCCGAUGAUGACACAUACAGCUGUCUGGUAGAGAACCCCAUCAGCAGUGGGCGUAGCAUCCCCAUAAAACUGACCGUGUACAGAAGGAGCUCCCUCUAUAUAAUUCUCUCCACAGGGGGAAUUUUUCUUCUAGUUACCUUAGUGACCGUCUGUGCCUGUUGGAAACCAUCCAAGAAGAACAAACGCAAACUGGAGAAGCAAAGUUCCUCUGAAUAUGUGGAUCAGAAUGAUGAGCAUUUAAAACAUGAAGUUGAGAUUGUUCCCCGGAGUGGAGAACAUGAGCGGAAGAAUCCAGUGGCAUUGUACAUCCUAAAGGACAAAGAAUCUCCAGAAGCAGAAGAGGAAUCCCUUCCUGAUUCCAGAAAUGCCACUGAGCCAGCACCACCCAGUUACUCCAGCUCCCCGCCUCCUCCUGGAAGAUCACCCGGACCGCCCGUUCGGUCCGCUCGCAGAUACCAUCGCUCCCCAGUCCGGUCUCCAGCCACCUCCAGAACACACAUAUCACCCACCAGGUCCCCCACCCCGCCGGGGCGCACCCAAAACACCACACGCUUGGUGCGGACUGCUGGCGUUCAUAUCAUCCGAGACCAGCAAGGGGAAACCAGCCCGGUGGAAAUCAAUGCCUGCGGGUAGUCGGCAGUGUAUGUGCGGUGAAGAGGCCUCUCUCUACCUGUGAAUGUUUUUGGGAGGGAGGGAUAGCAGCAAUGAGUUUGCACUGGGCAUGUGUACAUGAGAAUGCAUAUUUCCUCAAAAGGGAAGCUGCCUGGAUUCUGCUUGUAGCUAUAAGUGAAUCACAGUGUACCACUGGCUGGAUGGACCCGCUUAAAAAAAAAAGUGUACAGUAGGUUCAACGCUUCCUGCUUCAAUGUUUUUUUUCUUUAAGGCACUAACUUCCUAUUCGUAACACCCAUGGAGCAACACCAUCCCGGUGUGACUAAAGCUUUAGCUUUUGGGGAUGCCCAGCUAAUUGUCUUAAAAAUCUGAUGUUUCUAUCCAAACACUUUGAGAUUUUGUGUACAUUAGCAAAGCGUGGGAGACUGUGUCCACUGGGAGUGUAUCCAUCAGGCAUGUGUCUCGAAUGAUAUCUGUGUUGUCAAGGAUGCCCUGAUAUCCAUGUAAUUUUUUUUGUAAUGUUAAGAUUACUCAUUGGGAGGGAAGUUGGCAUGGUGUAUAUAGCCUGAUCUCAGAAUCUAGGCAGGGUUGUUAUUCGGAUGGG